CUGCAAAUCUCAAUGAAAACCCUAAUGAUCUGUCAAUUUCUUCAACUCCUUGGAUUCGUCUUACUGUUCACCAAUUCCAGAGCAAUUUCCCAUCAAAAUUUCCAUAGAAAAUUGGGCAAUGCAACUAAAGCUCCAUGCCCAUUGAAUGUCGACCUUCUCCACAAACUCAUCACCCAAAACGCGCAUCCAUUCCCCUUGCAAGAUAUUGCGACCGUGUGCCAGUACAUGAUACAAGGAAUCCGUCUCCUUCGAUCAGAAUAUCUUCGAACCACUGGAUUGUUUUCGUUGUCUCCAGAUGUCCUGGAUGCCUGCUGGGAUUCGUAUGUGAAUCUAGUCAAUGAAUUCAUUCCCGGGUUUGAUAUUAAGUCCACAUGUGGCUUGAAGACCAAUUUCAUGUCACAAAGUUGUAUGAACAUCACAACAAAGUCUGAUUUCGAAACCUUGGUUUCACGAGAUGAGUUGCAACAAAUGAAGGGCUCUUGUGAUCAGUCUUUGAAGAACAAUUCUGCUUGUAAUUCCUGCGUAGAUUGCUUGUCAAGAGUUCGCGCAUCUUAUCUCAGAGUUUCGAAUGAUGGCAAUGUUUCGGAUUGCAAUGGCUGCCCGUUUAUAUAUGCUGCAGCAUUUUCCAACAGGUUUGGACCAACAGAUAUAGGGACUGCCAAGUGUUUGUUUCGGCUUGAUUUCUCACCGUCUAAUAAAAAGUCCGGAGACCCCAAGGCGGUGAUGUGGGGGAUCGCGGUUGGUUGCUUUCAUGGAUUUAUCGGGGCAUUGGUUGUGGUUUGGUUUCUUUGGAUAUGGCACAAGAAAUGGAAGAGGAAGAAGAGGGAAACUUUGGCUCAAAUCAAAGAAGUUUCGAGUGGGGAGAUGGAAAUUAGCGGUCAAAUUAGUACUUCGAUAAAGUUCAGCUUCGAGGAAAUACAGAAGGCUACGAGGAAUUUCUCAAGCGAGAACAUAAUUGGUUUUGGAGGAUAUGGGAAUGUUUACAAGGGAAUGUUGCAAGAUGGCUCUGAAGUUGCAUUGAAAAGGUUUAAGAACUGCUCUGCUGCCGGAGACCAAGUUUUCGCUCACGAAGUAGAGGUGAUCGCAAGCGUAAGGCAUGUGAAUCUUGUGUCCUUGAGAGGCUAUUGUAUCGCUACGGUGAAGAGAGGAGGCCAUCAGAAAAUUCUAGCUUGUGAAUUGAUGCGAAACGGAAGCCUCUAUGACCAUCUCUUCCAACCGAAAUCCAAGAAGCUUAGCUGGUCAAUUCGCCAAAAGAUUGCUCUUGGAAUUGCUCGCGGGUUGGCUUAUUUACACCAUGGUGUGCAGCCUGCUAUCAUCCAUCGUGACAUCAAAGCGAGCAACGUGCUUUUAGAUGAAGCAUUUGAAGCGAAACUGGCAGAUUUUGGCCUUGCAAAGUUCACACCAGAGGGGCAGACACAUAUGAGCACUAGGGUUGCCGGCACACUAGGUUAUAUUGCUCCAGAGUAUGCUUUGUAUGGCCAAAUAUCUCAAAAAAUUGAUGUGUACAGUUUCGGGGUUGUGCUGCUUGAGCUUUUGAGUGGGAAGAAAGCAGUUAUAGAAUUCAACGACGAGAAUAGACCUUUGUUGUUGUCAGAUUGGGCUUGGUCACAAGUCAGGGAAGGCAGAGUUUUGGAUGUCAUUGAUGAAUCCAUGCCCGAAUUAGGCCCGCCGGAAGUGAGGGAGAAGUAUUCGUUGGUUGCUGCGCUUGCUUCUCAUCCAGUUCCAAAUGCUAGGCCAUCAAUGGACCAGAUUGUAAAAAUCCUGGAAAAUGAUGCCACAAUUCCAACCAUCCCUGACCGUCCAUUUGCUCUUUUAGCAACAUUCUGAUGAUGCACAGAGAUCAGUGAGCUUCAAUAGUUUGUGUCUAGAAAUCAAACACGGCUGAACAAAAAUUGAUGCAGUGCAUGAAAGAGAAAUUCAUUGAGCUCUCAUAUUUAAAUGGCUAAUUUAUAUUUUAGUAAUUUGUAUUUUGGUAAGUUGUGUUUUAAUUAUGUAUUUGAGUUGGGACUUGAUUA